AAUUUUGUUUCGGGGUAUGCGUUUCACCUUGCUUGUGAGUUGAGCAGAGCGUUGCAGUGAGAGAGGGAGAGAGAAAUGGAGAGUAGCGAGGAAGAAGAUGACUUUCCUUCCAUUGAGAGCAUCAUUCCUCAAUCCAAGGUUGACUCUCUCUAUCAGUCUCACACCGAAAAGGGGAUUAGAAAACUUUGCUGUGAGCUCUUAGAUUUGAAGGAUGCGGUGGAGAAUUUAUGUGGCAAUAUGCACUCAAAGUUCUUGGCUUUCUUGAGGAUAUCUGAGGAGGCUGUGGAAGUAAAGCAUGAAUUAAUUGAGCUGCAAAAGCAUAUCUCAGCUCAAGGUAUUCUUGUUCAGGAUUUAAUGACUGGUGUCUGCCAUGAAUUGGAAGAGUGGAAUCAGUCAAACAAUGAUGUUACCGAAAUUCAGCUUGAACCUGAACUACCUGAACUCCUUGAGCCCCUACCAAAUGAGAGAAAUGACCAGAAAGUAUUAUUCUUGGAAAACAUUGAUGUACUUGUGGCUGAGCAUAAGUUUGAAGAAGCAUUAGAGGCAUUGGAUGCUGACGAAAAAAAUUCUGCGGAGUUGAAAGGCUCAGGGAAUAACUCUUCAGAUGAUGGUUCCUCAUACAAGUCUGCUUUGUUGGAAAGAAAAGCAAUGCUUGAAGAGCAGCUGGUUGGAUUUGCUGAACAACCUUCUAUUAGUUUUCCUGAGCUGAAAAAGGCUAUAAAUGGUUUAAUAAAACUCGGAAAAGGUCCUCAAGCACAUCAAUUAAUGCUGAAAUUUUAUGGCUCUCACCUCCAAAAGAGAAUUGAGGCAUUGCUUCCCUCAAGUUCUCUGUGUCCCGAAACAUUUCCUUCGACAUUAUCUAAGAUUGUGUUUUCUGUAAUUUCACUGACAAUAAAGGAAUCUGCUUUGAUUUUUGGAGAUAAUCCUGUUUAUACCAACAGAAUUGUUCAGUGGGCAGAGUGGGAAAUUGAAUAUUUUGUAAGAUUGGUGAAAGAGAAUGCACCCUCAUCUGAGACUGUUUCUGCCUUACGUGCUGCUAGCAUCUGCAUUCAGGCUAGUCUGAACUACUGCUUAAUCUUGGAGUCACAAGGAUUGAAACUGUCUAAAUUACUGUUGGUGCUGUUACGUCCUUCUGUUGAAGAAGUUUUAGAAUCAAAUUUUAGACGUGCUAGAAGAGUAGUUCUUGACAUGGCAGAAUCUGCUGAAUGCUUCCUGUUGUCACCACAGUUUACAUCUUCACUUUCUGCAAUUGCAACUUCAUCUAGUAGCAUGCUUGUUGAGAGUGGAAUGCGAUUUAUGUGCAUAGUUCAAGAUAUAUUGGAACAGCUAACGCCAUUGGCUAGUUUGCACUUUGGAGCCAACGUACUUAAUAGAAUCUUACAACUAUUUGAUAAAUACAUGGAUGCUCUUAUCAAAGCACUGCCAGGUCCUUCUGAUGAUGAUAAUCUUCCAGAAUUGAAAGAGGCUGUGCCUUUCAGAGCUGAGACAGACUCUGAACAACUUGCAAUAUUGGGAAUAGCAUUUACGAUAUUGGAUGAACUGUUACCAAAUGCUGUAUUAUCAACAUGGAUGCUGCAAAGUGAAAGCAAGGAACCAAAUAGUGGACUAGCGGAGACCUUCAAUACAAAUGCUAAUGCAGAAUUGAAGGAGUGGAGGAAACAUCUUCAGCAUUCUUUUGACAAACUUAGGGAUCACUUCUGUCGGCAGUAUAUUCUGAGUUUCAUCUAUUCAAGAGAGGGAAAAACACGAUUGGAUGCGCAUAUUUACUUGAGUGAUAACCGAGAGGAUCUUUACUGGGAUUCUGACCCACUGCCUUCGCUUCCAUUUCAGGCAUUAUUUGCAAAGUUGCAGCAAUUAGCAACUGUGGCUGGAGAUGUAUUGCUUGGGAAGGAGAAAAUACAGAAAACUUUGCUUGCUAGGUUAACAGAAACUGUUGUCAUGUGGUUGUCUGAUGAGCAAGAGUUCUGGGGCGUAUUAGAGGAUAAUUCUGCUCCUCUACAUCCACUUGGUUUGCAGCAGUUAAUUCUUGAUAUGCACUUUACUGUUGAAAUUGCGCGCUUUGCGGGAUAUCCAUCUAGACAUGUCCAUCAGAUAGCCUCGGCUAUCAUUGCUCGUGCCAUCCGGACCUUCUCUGCUAGGGGUAUAGACCCACAGAGUGCACUUUCGGAGGAUGAAUGGUUUGUGGAAACUGCAAAGUCAGCAAUAAACAAGCUCUUGCUUGGGGCAUCAGGGUCUGAAGCAUCCGAUGUUGAUGAAGAUCACAUCAUUGUUCAUGAUGAAGUUGUCUCAGACUCCGAUACUGUUUCAUCCCUGUCUUCCAUGGUUUCUACCGACGAGUCUUUUGCUUCUGCUAGCAUGGCAGAACUUGAUAGCCCCUCUAACUUGUCUGAUCCAGAUAAUUGAAUUUUUCAAGUAGAUUAAAAUAUAUAGUAACCUUAGUAGUUUGAGAUUUUGAGAAAGGUGUACGUGCCCCCAUUUACCACAUUUGCAAUGUCAUGGUCUAUGUAUGGUGCUAUCAAUUUGCCUCGGUAUAAAGUAUCAAAUAUCUUGUAGGAAAUGUUCAUAAACCUAGCUAGGGGACAGCCAAACCAUUCGAUUUGAAUUAGAACAUUGUGGGUUGGAGAGAAAUCUUUAUUCAUUUUUAUCUGUAUAUUUUUGGAAGGUAAGUCAGCUUGAACUUUGAA